AAAAAAAAAUAUUCCGAGUAAAGUGACAGAAUAUAUUUGAAAAAUGUAUACGUAGGAAUUAUAAUUACUAAAAUUAUAAUAUAAUUUAAUUUUGUACAAUUUGAACAGGUGCAAUUUCUAAAAGAUGGCGUGCAAAAUAACCAACAAUAUUUUUGUUUUUUCCUAAAAUUUUAUCAACCACGUGGUCGCUGAAUCUCAAGCAUGUUUUUAUUGUAAUAACAAGCCUAAAAAAUCUGUCAUGUGUUGUCUGUCCGUUUAAUUGUGUUUUUAAAAAUAUGUUAAUUUAUAUUUUUUUAUUUAUUCGUGUUUAUUUAAAGUUUUACAUUUUAUUGAAAGUAAAAAUGGGAAAAGGUUGUAAAAGUAAUAAAUUUUUGACUUUGAUAAAAAAAGAGAAUUUAGGGGAAAAUAAUGACAAAAUUACGGAGUCGCUUUUGUUAACAAGUAAAAAAAAUGAUAAUAAUAACUUACCUAGAAGCAGUGUUGAAGAACUGUCAGGAAGAAAUAAAGUGGUUGAAAUUUUGGAAGAUGAGAAAAAAAAUUCUAGGACUGCAAGUUUUUAUGAAAAUACUUUUAACGAUAAUAAUCAACUUGACAUAAAUGUCUCCGAGCCUCAAGAACCCGAAGAGCUAGAAGAAGAAAUCUCAAAAGUAAACAAAAAAAGCCUUACCCGUGAAGAAUACUACACAAAGUUAGCAGAGCUGCACAUCAAGUACAAUUGCAUCCCCCAGGCGAUUCGAUACUACACCCUCGCAAUUGGUCGGAACCCGACCAAGGAGUCUCUGUACAACGCCCGGGCUAAACUUCAGCAUGACUCCGGAAACAGCCGAGCUUUCAUUUUAGCCUACCAGGAGUUAUCUUCAAAACUAAACGUGGAAGACCAGCACCAGCUGGUGGUGAUAAACUGCGCUAAAAAAUUAGCCCAGUUGCUGAUUAAAGAAAAAAAUUACAUUGAAGCUCUGAAGCGUAUCGAGUCAAUCUUCCAACAUUGCCCGCACCUGCUCUCCGACCAGGAAGUAAAUUUAUACUUAUUCAUCUCUUUAAAGCUCCGUAAAUUUUACAAAUGCAUUGACAUUUUAUCAAAACACACUUCUAUACAAAUCGAGUACAAAGUAAUUGACUCUAAAAUAUUCACUCAUAAAUUAUUAACAAGCGCAAUUGAAUUCUGUCACAUUCCAAAGGAGACUCCAGUUAAUUUGAAGAUCAAUUGUAUUAUUUUGUUCAUUGAACUCGGGUGCAUUGACAAGGUUGAUUGCUACCUCGACGAGUUCGAGCUGAAAAAUAUUAAAAUUUACAGUAAUUUAAUUGUUGAUCUAAUUAAAUCAUUGAUGAGCAUCCAAAGGUACGACAGAGCUCGUAGGUUGCUUGAAUUGUUGAUUAAAUGUGACAAAUUUAAAAAUUUAGUUUCUCUUUGGAUGCUCUACGCGGAAUGCUGCGUAGAAUGUUUUGCUAAAGUUGAAAAUUUUGAGCUUAAUAUUUCAGAAUUUCUUCAGAAUUCUGAAACAGAUCCGAUCAUUCCUUUGAUCCAUUCGGCAAUUGUUGACAAGAUGGUGGUUGAAGAAAAAUGGACGCGCUUGGCGCGCAUUUAUCAAGAGUUUGGUUAUGAAGACCAGAUGGCUACUUGUCGCACUAAAGCGGCGGAAAUUGAUUUGAAAAAUAAUAAGCUUGAAGGUCCUGAAGUAGAAAAUGGGUUUGAUUGCUUGGAUACUGAAGAAUUGACGGGGAUUCUUUUCAAUAAGGUAGAAAGUCAGAAUUAGAAUUUUAUAUAUUUGAUAGGUUAUAAUUUAUGAUACUAAAAUUAGCCGACGUUUAAGAAUUU